AGUGGGGGGAGACACAGUGCCCAUCGUUGGUGUCAGUGGGGGGAGACACAGUGCCCCCAUCGUUGGUGUCAGUGGGGGGAGACACAGUGCCCCAUCGUUGGGUGUCAGUGGGGGGAGGGAAUAGUGCCCCAUCGUUGGUGUCAGUGGGGGGGAGGAAUAGUGCCCCAUCGUUGGUGUCAGUGGGGGAGGAAUAGUGCCCCAUCGUUGGUGUCAGUGGGGGGAGGAAUAGUGCCCCAUCGUUGGUGUCAGUGGGGGGGAGGAAUAGUGCCCCAUCGUUGGUGUCAGUGUGGGGGGAGGAAUAGUGCCCCAUCGUUGGUGUCAGUGGGGGGAGGAAUAGUGCCCCAUCGU